AUAUUGACACUUGGAUUUGGUCAGAAUGUAGGAACUCCAAAGAUAUUUAUGAAAGUUGAAAUUCUCGUUACACAUAAUGCAAGAAUCUGUGAGAACGGCAGCCCAAUUAACACUUGGCUUGAUGAUCUUCGGCCUGAGUAACGUUUUAGCUUUCAGUCUGAUCUACGUCAUAGUGUGGUUAUUACUGAUUCAGUCUGGAAUAGCGAUUUGCCUGAGUCUCAGUAUUUGUUAGGUUCGACCUUGGCGCUUCCAUUUCGUCAGAGCGUGCUCAAAAGCCUCUUUUUCUCAUCGUUAAAAAAGUCAACGUCUGGCGCUUUAGUCGCUACGUGUGCCUUCGUUACAAAGUAGUCUAUCUAAAUUGGAAGCCGGUUUUUCUGGAGGCUUGAUAGUGCUAUACGCAGAAAUGAAUUGUUAUCUGUAUUCUCAACUGGACGUACAGGUGGACUUCCAGUGAUCCACUUUCGCUCUGGUUCCACCGUACGGGCGCGUGACGUUGACACCUUUAGUACUAGUUAGGAGCUGUCAUCCAGGAUAGUCUUGCCAAAAUUACGUCAUGUUCGCCAGUCUCAAGAACAAAAUUCGCGAGGAAAUUGGCAGCGACGUAUCUACUGUUGUGAGAAAUGCCGGUACCAUACGCGGGGUCAAUACGAAACAUCUGUCACAGGCUGGUUCCACAAGCAGUAUCAGUGGUUCCCAAAUAUCACUUGAUGGUUCCCGUGAAGGUAGCUCCCCUAUACCUGCAGUAAAUUUGAAAAGGGAGAAUAGUUUUGAAGUGAGACAUUGCAAUGACACACAGCAAUCUGGUAAAGAUAUCAGGAAAUUUGAAAUUCAGGAGGAUGAGUGCCAUAAGUCAAUACAGAAGAAAGAAUUUAAACCGAGCAAAAAGAUAGAUGAGAAUCUGAUAGUGAAUGUUAAAGAAAAUGAUAACGAGCGAACAAGAUCGCGGGAUAAAGAAAGAUUAGAAGACGAGAGGAAAAAUAUUGAAGGUGGAAGGAAUGAAAAGAUUAAGAAAAGUGAAGAGGACCAGAGGACCAAUGUAUUGGAUAAAGAAAAAGCAUGGAAGAAGACAAGGGAAACUAAUAAAGACAAAACAAAAUUGGAAGAAGAGAGACAGAAGGCUGAUAGUGCUAAACAGACCUUAGAAUUUGCCUUACGUAGUGCAGAAGAGUACAAAAGAAAGCUUUACACUUAUCAAGAAGAAACGGAACUGUUGGAAGGCUUUCAAACACAAGAAAUGGCAAAAAUUAAGCAUCUUUUACUUGCAAAGGAACAAGAAGCUCAAGAAAAGACGCAACAAUUAAAAGCUGCCUCAACAGAGAUAGAAAACCUGAAAGCCGAAGUGUCACGUCUGAGGCGCUAUGAAGACGAAUUGAAUAACGUGCAGGACGAGAUGGAAAUAUUGCGACAUUCAACCCAACGUGAACGGGCUCAAUUGUCCAGCCAAUUGGCGCAGACUGAAGAAGAAGUUCGACACUUGAAGGACAAACUUUUUGUAUUAGAACAGCGUCUUGCUUUACAAAGUAACGAUCAGGUUACAGUUGAUGAGAGAAUAGCCGAGUUGAUGAGGGAAAGGACGCUUUUGGAACGUAAACUGGAGGAAACUCAUUUUCAUCUGUCCGACAUAAAGACGAGUUGGUCCGGCAAGAUUUCCAGUCUGGAGACUCAAGUUGGCCGACUGAGUCGUCAAGCCGGCGAAGAAGGUCUUGAGAGAAGACGUGUGGAACAAGAGAAGGAAGUUUUGGCAGCGAGGAUAAAACAGCUUGAGGCGGAAAUAGAGGUGAACAAUGUUGUUAUGGCGACUAAAGACGCCAAGCUUUUGCGCAUGGCUGAGGACAUCGACGAAAUGGCUACCGAACUGAAAGAACUCCGGUCUAAUGUUGAUUUCGAAGUUGAGGAGUUUAAGCAGCAAAUCGAAUCAUCGUCCCGGGAAAUCAAGCAGCUGAGGACUGAACUGGAGGAGACCAGCGCAAAACUCACAUCAGCCACAUCAGAAGUUGCACAUCUACGACUUUCGUUCGAAGGUGAAAAGUCGAAUAACUCGUCGUUACAUUUGGAAGUUGCUCGGUUACGUGAAAAUUUGGAAAGUGAACGAACUGCCACGGCCACGCUAAGAGUCUGCCUCGAGAAAGAAAGGAACGAAAAAGAUGGAGCAUUGCUGAGGAACGCCCAGGUAUCACAGGACAUAGAAAUGGCUAAGCACGAGAGCCGCAGGCAAGAAGUCGAGAAUGUGGAACUGCAAAACAGACUUGAGGUUCUCGAGGGCACUCUCAGGAGUAAGGGCAAAGAGGUCGACGACCUGUCGAGAGCUCUCGAGGAGUCGAGGAAGAGGAUGGAUGAAUUGGAGGAAGCCGAACGCAGCCGAGAGCGAGUUGAAGGAAAUGAAAAGAUGCUGAAGAACAGUUUGACGGACAUGGAAGAGCAGUUAAUCGAGAAGACAAAGACAAUCAAAGUCCUGCAACAAAGAUUAAGCGAUAUGAAGAAGACUCUUCAACGAGAAUUGAGGGUGCCUUCCUCUUCUUUGGACAGUGACGCGGAACCAUCUGCGGCCAUUUUGAGUCCCAGUUCAUCAAAAACUGUUACAGCCAAGCAGAGUAACUCCAGAGAGGACGAUGUCAAUUUUAAAUACCUCAAACACGUCUUGAUAAAGUUCCUAACUAGCAGAGAGUACGAAGCGCUGCAUUUAACCAGAGCUGUUGCGACGCUUUUACACUUUUCUCCCGAAGAAGAGCGACUCCUUCAGGAGACCCUCGAGUGGAAAAUGUCCUGGUUUGGUACUCGUCCAAAUUUAGGCAUCGGGCAAACGGCCAAAGCCAUACCACCCAGCUGAUAACGAGGUAAAUUCCAUGCCGGCAUUUGACGUAUCACAAAAUGAUGGCAACAGAGAAAGGUUGACGUUCGUUUCCGCUAUGACAAAAGUAGCCACGAGAAGCAUGAGCGAGUGAAAAGGUCAUCAUUGUUCCCAAGAGGUGAAACAAUGAAACUCCUCAAAUAGUCAGUAUUUCUAGGCUGUAUUUAAUACGCGAAUAGUACACAAAGUAAUUAUGUGCAAACGUUUAUUUCCUUUUCUUCAUUAACGAACAAGCAUUAAACGUUCAGAAGAAAAAGAAGUGAUAGAACAAAAUUAUUGUUCGCGUUGAUCGCACUCGUUUGAUUUUCACAUGUGAAAAAUCAUUGUGCCUAGCUCUUUAUUACUCCCCAAAAAAAAAAGUAAAGGACACCAACAUUAUAAGAUUCUGUGACAUUGUUGUAAACGAUCAAUUAAAGCAUUCCAUAUCUAACGAA